AUGAAGGGCAGCGGCAAAACGACACUUCUCAAGAACGUCCUCCAAUCCAACAAGCAUGGCUUGAAAAUUGCCGUCAUUGUGAACGACAUGGCUGAAGUGAACAUCGACGGUGCCCAUGUCGCCCGGCUGUCAGGAAAGGAAGACAAGGCCAACCUCGUCCAGAUGCAAAACGGUUGUAUCUGUUGUACCCUCCGCGGAGACUUCCUCGUUGAGCUGGCAAACAUGGCCUGGGGUGGUCAGUUCGACUAUGUCCUCAUCGAGAGCAGCGGCAUCAGCGAGCCACAGCAGGUCGCAGAGACUUUCACAGCCGCGCUCAGCGCAGAGAUGCUCGACAUCCCGGAGGAGAUUCAUCUCGAAGAUCGGGAAGUCAUCGAGAAAGUUGCCAAAGCAGGCGGACUCGAGAAGAUCGCCCGCAUCGACACCAUGGUCACCGUCGUGGACGCCUUUCGCUUCUUCGCCGAAUUCAACACGGCCGACUUCCUGACGGACCGCUACGCGCGUGACGGCAAUGCAGAGCAGGUGCCGGCCGAAGACGAACGCACCGUCUCGGACCUGAUGGCAGACCAGAUCGAGUUCGCCAACGUCGUCGUCAUCAACAAGACGGACAUGGUGGAUCGCGCGACGCGUGAACGGAUCCGUGGCUGCGUCAAGGCACUCAACCCGAACGCCAAGAUCAUAGAGACGCGACACGCGCAGGUCGAUGCCAAGGAGAUUGUCGGCACUGGCUCGUUCAAGCUUGAGGAGGCGCAGAGGAUGAGCGGCUGGCUGGCCAGCCUGCAGGAGAUGUUCAUCAUGGAUGUGAAUGGCAAGAAGAAGAAGGCGCCGAAGCCGGAAACUCUCGAGUACGGCAUCAACAGCUUUGUCUACCGUGCACGCAAGCCCUUCGACCCGACGAGAUUGUACAAGCAGCUUGCGGGCAAGUUCGUCCUCAUUCAGCCAGAACCAGAAGAGGAAGAGGAUGAGGAUGAGGAAGAGGAAGAGGAAGAGGAAGACUCGGAGGUGGAAGACGUUGGCUCUGGAAAGGGCAGUUCCAAUGCCAUGGACACUGACGACGGCGAAGUCCCCUCCUCCCGCGAGACAGCCCAGCAACAAACGAAUCCCAAGCGCAAAGACUCAAAGGGCGGAGACUUGGUCGAGCAAGAGGAUGAAGAAGAAGAGGAUGACUUCUUCAAGAGCUUGCCUACCGACCCGGCCGCCAUCGUUGCCGCCAAGGCUGCCGACCCCAUCUGGGCCAAGAUGCACCGCUCCAAAGGCUGGCUGUGGUUCGCGACGAGGCCGCAGCAAGCGGGCUCGUGGAACACGGCAGGCGCAAUGCUACGUAUCGAGUACGAGCAGGACUGGUACUGCGAAAUGCCUGAGGAGGAGUGGGCGCCAGAUGAAGAGGUCGCGGCCGCCAUCAGGAAAGACUUCAUCGGCGACUGGGGAGAUAGAAGACAGGAAAUAGUGUUCAUCGGGGAGGGCUUGGACGAGAAGAAGAUCACAGCGAUACUGGACUCUUGUCUUUUGUCCGACAAGGAGUUCAAGAAAUGGGAGAAGCUCAUGCGUAGGGAAGACUUGGCCCUGGAGCGGAAGGAGGAAAAGUUGAGCGAGUGGUGGGAUGAUUCGUACUGGGCAGAAUGGACGGUGGGCGAAGAUCACGAGCACGAUGAAGAGGAUGGUCACCAUCACCACCAUGGUCACAAACACUAG